AUGGAUCAAACAAGGGAACAUUUACAGAAAGAAGAUCAUUCAGGGAUGACUGAAGUAUCUAAAACGAAAGAGACACUUCCACCGUUAAGUGAAAUGAAAUUAGACCAGUCUCGAUUUAAACGCGAUGUUCCUAUGGUAUUUGUCGGUAUCCAGUGUGACAAACAUUUAAAGUCAUCCGUAGACAAGUUGAAGCCUUUUCUACCCCAUUUUAUUCGAUUCCCAAAAAUAUCCAAGACAUACACAGACUCCAAUGGAUUACUGCGUAAAUUAAUGCUAAUUCGAAUGCCUGAAAGCGAUAAAAUUUUACAGUGGAUGAAUGAAUUGAAUCAGUGGAAUAUUGAGCUACCUAAAGAUUAUUCAAAUCCUCAGUUCAUCGAUUUAACCACAAAAAAUUCACCCAAGACAUUAAAUAAUGUGGAAGUAUUAAAUUUGUCGAAUCAGGAUAUGGAGAAAGUAAAGAGUAAAGGAAACGUGUUUGAUGAACUAGUUAAUUCACCGUGUCUUGUAAAUGUAUCCGUUGGUUAUGAAAACUUCACGUUUGAUCAGGUUAUUAAAGAAUUGUUACCGGAUUUCGCCUUGCCUAUAACUGGAUUCAGUGUAAUCGGUCAUGUUGUACAGUUUAAUUUAAAACCUGAAGCAUUACCAUAUCGUCAUAUAGUUGGUCAGGUAGCACUUGAUAAGAUACCAAAUAUUCGUACAGUUAUUCACAAAGUUUCAGUUAUCGAGUCAGCCUAUCGAACAUUUGAAAUGGAAUUACUGGCUGGAGUUCCAGAUUACGUUACAUCAAUGCGUGAGAAUGGUACAACAUUUCAUUUAGAUAUCAGUAAAGUUUACUGGAAUCCACGUUUAGGUACUGAACACACACGGGUUGUAAAUAAUUUACGACCAUGUCUUCCAAUAACUGAUCCACUUAUUAAUCCUAAACCGAUUCCCGGUGAUCGUGUAGUUGUCUAUGAUGUGUUUGCUGGUGUUGGACCAUUUGCUAUACCGGCUGGUCGAAAUGGAUGUCAUGUAUUGGCAAAUGAUUUAAAUCCUGAUUCAUUUAUUUGGCUUAAAAAGAAUAUUACUGAAAAUUCAUCACGUAAACGUCCUCUGCAGAAUAUCACCUGUUACAAUAUGGAUGGACGCGAAUUUAUACGUGAAAUUUUGUUACCACACUAUAAAAAAUAUGGAAAUUAUAACCUGGAGAAGUCACCUAAUCAGGAUCCUGUUUCACUAUCAAUUGAUCGUUUCGUAGUUAUUAUGAAUCUUCCCCAACUGGCUAUAGAUUUUUUAGACUCAUUUGUACCACCAACGUAUUGUGUAGAAUCCCUCAGUGCAGAUACUGUCAGUGAAGCAGAGCCAACUGUUCAUCAGAAAUUCCUUAAACCUUUAUGCAUUUACUGUUAUUGCUUUAUGAGACGUAACAUAGAAUCAGAAGAAACUGUACAGAUACGCUUAGCCAAAGCUUUAAACACAAAUGUUGCAGAUUUAUUUAAUCUGAUGAGCCCUUCAAAAGAUAAUAAUAAUAAUAAUAAUGUGAAUUUUGGACGAAACGAAGACAAAUGUUUUAUCAAAAAUUGGAACUUACGUUAUGUACGCAAUGUUGCCCCGUUCAAAGAUAUGUAUUGUGCUGAAUUUGAAUUAUACUUACCGAAAAAGUGGUUAUUAUAUGAUUACACUGUUCCAGCAGCAAAACGCAGUCGAAAUAUUGAGAAUGAGAUUAGUUGACGGAGGAAAAUAAAAGACUAACCUAGUAGUUUGUUUUAUUGUAAAUAAUAUUUAUAUGACUACUGCUACUACUUUUCAGUUGUCUUUGUAAAAAGAAAAAGCCUGCAAAGCUGUUUAAUAAUAAACCAG